AUGUUUUUAUCCAUAAUUCUUAUCUCAGUAUACUUUGAUUACGUGAUAUAUUUUUAAUGACUUAUUCUUUCUUUAGUUGUCUCACCAGGUGCCUGCUGUAGGGAAAAUGAUAAAAUCAGUACGUGUUUUAUGAGUUUAUGAUUGAUUGGUUUAUAUACCAUGUUACAUAUGGCAUGUGGUUUUAUAUGUAUACAUAGAUGUCUGUGCUUUUCCACCUACCACCUCUCCAUUUCCCCUCACAACAAUCACACCGUCUCCUUUGUGCUCUCUCAAUUGGCGAUCAGCCACCUACCUGCGUGUGCCCUGUGUUGGUGUCCUACUCUUUGUUUCGUGAGAGGACUUUGUCACUUAACAGAGUGUCUUGAGCAUUUAUGUGCCUACUGUUCUUGCCUUGAAAGACCUGAAUUUAGAAAAGGACAUGAAAUAUAUAGGAAUAAAUAAAGGCAGCUGGCGAGUCUAAGCCCCGGUGUGUUAAGUGACAUUAGUUUAUAGAAAAUUAACAUAAUGUGAAAAUACAUCUUCAGGGAUGCAUGAAAAAAUUAUGCUUAAGAGAAAUGCUAUUUCUGAAUGAGAAGAUUAGCAUAAGCAAAAGAGGAAGCUUGUUAGUUGAGGUUUGAAGAUUAGGAAUGGAAAAGGAAGCUUUUUUGUUGAACACCUGCUAUGUAUCAAAUGUGCAGUUUAUACUUUAUAUUUCUUAUCUCCUUUAAUCCUUAAAACAGCCCUGUAAGCAGUUUUUAUUAUGCCAGUUUUUGAUAUUAAGAAUCUGAGUCUUCAUGAAGGUACAAGACUCCAAAGGCUUAAAACCCACCAACCCGACCUCACACGAGUCUGGGGCUUGAAUGUACAUUAUAUGUUUAGGCUUAAAAAACCCAAGAAGGAGGGGCGGCCAGGUGGUUCAGGUCACGAUCUCACGGUCUGUGGGUUCGAGCCCCGCGUCGAACGGGUGACGGCUCAGAGCCUGGAGCCUGCUUUGGAUUCUGUGUCUCCUUCUUUCUCUGCCCCUCCUCUGCCCACGCUCUGUCUCUCCCUGUCUCUCAAAAAUAAAUGACUGUUAAAAACAAACACCAGCCUGCAGCCUACCAGUGCGGAGCCCCCGCCACCCUCAGGGCCCUGGAGGUGCUGGUUGCGUGGUGGGCCUCUGGAAGACCCGACCCGCGCUGUGCCCCGGGAUGGCUCUGCGGCCGCCAGGUGAGGCCGGAUCCAAGGGCAACAUGUGCUACCUGCCUAGGGCGGCCCAGGAUGCCCCCAACACCUGGACGCCUCCUGCACACCUUUCCCGGCCUGUGGCCGCUAUGGGAACAUGCUAACCGCUGCGGGGGACGAUGUUCAACUUUUCCCGCAGCUGGAGGCCGCCGUGCCUGCAUCCCACGCUAUGUCCCCCUUUGCCUUCCGGUGCGGUCCGCGCCUCCCUUGCUGAGCUCCAACCUGGCCCUGUGGAGGGAGCGGCUCUACGAUCCGCCCUGGUACAGCAAGCCACCAGCGCGGUACCCAGUUCCCCAGCUCCCCAGAGAGGUGCCCCACUUCCUCAACAGCAGCCACGAGUAUACAGGCGCCACCAGUGAAGGCUUGGGCCAUACUGGUGGCCGACGCGACAGUGGCCAAUGCCGUGGACCUGAAAUUUUCAUGCCGCCGCCGGCUGCGAACGCUUCCCGGUGACCUGAGGGGGUGGAGGCCUCCCAGUUAUUAUCUUGCUCCCCCAGCAAGUGGUCUGAGGAGGGCUCCAAACUCCUGAACCAGCAAGGGAAAUCAUUUUCCCGGGUUCCUGGUCCCCACAGACAGCUCUGGAUCUGCUUCUCUUUGUCGAACUCUGGGUAAAGACUCCUUCAACUACCAGAAGGUCUCUGCCUCAAGCAGACGAUGUUUGGUGAAGUGUGGCAUUUUUGGUGCAUUCUGCAGUAGCCUUGUUGCCAAAGGAGUCAGGUUUGGACCUUUUCAAGGUAAAGUGGUCAAUGCCAGUGAAGUCAAGACCUAUGCAGACAGUUCUCUGAUGUGCGAGACCGUCAAAGGUGGUCAUUUGAGCCACUUUAUAGAUGGAAAAGGAGGUGCAGGGAACUGGAUGUCCUCUGUCAACUGUGCCUGUUUCCCCAAGGAGCAGAGCCUGGUUGCAAUGUCAAAGGCAGAUAUCUUACGAGAGCUGCAAGGAUAUCUGCCAGAACCAAGAGGUCCUUGUGUGGUAUGGAGACUGCUAUGGAAAGUUUUUGGACAUUCCCGUGAGCCUUUAGCUCACAGAACAGAGGAAGCAGGUGCCUGGGCCCUCUGAAGAGUCUGCAGAAGGCUACAGGUGUGAAAGAUGUGGAAAAGUAUUUACCUACAAAUAUUACAGAGACAAGCACCUCAAGUACACCCCUUGUGUGGACCAGGGUGAUAGGAAAUUUCCCUGCUCUGUCUGCACACGAUCCUUUGAGAAGUGGGACCAGCUCCGGAUCCCUGUCCUGCACGUUCACGAGAAGCACCAGCCUCACAAGUGUUCUACGUGUGGGAAAUGCUUCUCUCAGUCUUCCAGCCUAAACAAACACACGAGAAUCCACUCUGGAGACAGACCAUCCCAGUGUGUGUAUUGCACAAAGAGGUUCACUGCCUCUGGCAUCCUCUGCACAUAUAUCAGGCAACACUCGGGAAAAGCCCUUCAAAUGCAAGUACUCCGGUAAAUCUUUUGCAUCCCACGCUGCCAUGACAGCCGCGUCCGUCACUCACGCAAGGAGGAUGAUGGCUGCCUGGGCAGCAUCUGUGGAAAAUCCUUCCCGGAUCAAGAAGCCUUCUACUCCCACACGAAGCUUCACGAAGGCUACUAGCCCUCAGAGAGUAUGGGGACAAUGUAAAAACUAAAAGCUAGGAUUCUUUGUUUUCCUUGCUUAUGGGUGUGUCGUACGGACAGAUGAUAGUUAUACUAAGACGAGAAACAGAAAAAUGGAACCGGCCAAAAUGCUGAGUUUAACUG